AAACACUAGUUUACUAGUGAAAGAAAAAGUUCCUUCAUCACCAUUCUAAAUUGACACCUGGCUUUCUACAUCACUAUCACUAUCAUCAACAUAUCAUCACACCCUUUUCCUCUCACAUUAUAUAUUUAUUGCUACCUUGCUAGUUCUUUCAAAUUAGAUCCUCUAUUUCCUUAUUCUUAGUCCUUCCACCAUGAAGUUCUUCAGCUGGAUGCAAAAUAAACUUGGUGGGAAACAAGAGAACAGAAAAUCAAACACAUCUUCAGCUACUACAUAUCAUGCAAAACAAGAACAAAGAGAAGAAUUCAGUGAUUGGCCUCAUAGUUUGCUAGCAAUUGGAACAUUUGGAAACAACAAUGAAAUCAAACAAAACAUAGAAGAUAACCAAAACACACAAGAGGAUCCAUCUUCAUCAGAUGAAAUAGUAGAUUUCACUCCUGAAGAAAUUGGUAAACUUCAAAAGGAGUUAACCAAACUCCUAAGACGAAAACCGAAUGUCGAAAAAGAGAUUUCUGAGCUUCCUCUUGACAGAUUUCUAAACUGUCCAUCAAGUUUGGAGGUUGAUAGGAGAAUCAGCAAUACACUUUGCAGUGAAUCAGGUGACAAAGAUGAAGAUAUUGAGAAGACACUUAGUGUCAUACUUGAUAAAUGCAAAGACAUUUGUGCUGAGAAAAGUAAGAAAUCAAUUGGGAAGAAAUCUAUUUCUUUUCUUUUGAAGAAGAUGUUUGUUUGUAGAAGUGGAUUUGCUCCAACACCUAACCUUAGAGAUUCCCUUCAAGAAUCAAGAAUGGAGAAGCUUUUGAGGACAAUUCUUCACAAGAAAAUUUACACACAAAAUUCUUCCCGGGCAUCAGUGUUAAAAAAGUGCAUAGAGGACAAGAAGAGUAUAAGGAAUAUGAAUGAAGAUGAAGCAGAGGAGAAAACUGAUGAUGGAAGCAAAUGGGUCAAGACUGAUUCUGAAUAUAUUGUCCUAGAGAUAUAAUUCUGCCUCUAUUUUUAGUACCUUUUAUUAGUGCAUGUUCAGAUUCAAGAAAGAAGUGAAAGAUAUAAUAUAUGUUACAAGAUUGUGGGAGAUUAUAUGAAGUGGAGCUCACAUUACAUUUUUCUAAAUGAAGUUUAUCUGUGAUAUUCUGUAUCAACGGUGCAGAGUGAAAAAACAGUAUCUUUGUUUUGUUAACGGUUCUAAACCGUUAUUUUUUCAUGGUUGUAUCUACGAAUGUGGAACAAUUCAUGUUAUGGAAAAUCAAAAAAUGAAAUUAUGAUUGGUAGAUUUUCUUUACACACACACUUGUCAUCUUUUUUUUACUUCACUUUGUUGUUACCUACUCUCCUUGUAACAUGUUGGAAUUGAUAUAUAAUUUUUUCUUACUAUACA